AUGCGUUACACCAUUGCUGCUUUCGCGCUCGCCGCCACCGCUGCCGCUGUCCCCCAGUACGGAUACGGUGCUCCGGAGAGCUCUGCUCCCGCCUACCCUGAGUACACCCCUGCUCCCUCUUCCACUCCCGCUGCCGAGUACCCUGCCUACCCGGUCAGCACCCCCGAGGCUGCCACCUCCUCCAAGGCUCCCGAGUACCCCACGAGCUCCGCUCCCGCUGAGUACCCCGUCGCCUCGGUCUCAUCCAAGGCCCCCGAGUACCCUGUCGCCUCGGUCUCCUCCAAGGCCCCUGGUUACCCCGUCGCUUCGGUCUCCUCCAAGGCCCCCGAAUACCCCGUCGCCUCGGCCUCCUCCAAGGCCCCCGGUUACCCCGUCGCUUCGGUCUCAUCCAAGGCCCCCGAGUACCCCGUCGCCUCGGCCUCCUCCAAGGUUCCUGAGGCUUCGUCCAAGGUCCCCGAGUACCCUGCGUCCAGUAAGCCAUCCAAGCCCUCGUCGACUGCCUCGUGCAUCAGCUCAACAACCAUCACUGUUACAGUUCCCUACCCUACUGGUUCUGCCUCGGUCCCCGCUGGUCACGCUUCCUCCGUCCCUGCUGGCCCUGCUUCCUCCGCUCCCGCUGGCCCUGCUCCUUCCGCCCCAGCUGGUCCCAAGCCCUCCGCUCCCGGUGCCUACCCCACUGGCCCGGCUCCCUACCCCAUUCCCUCCGGCACCGGCGCUGUUCCCUCCGUCCCUGCCGCUGGCACUGGCUACCCCACCAAGACUGGUGGCUACACCAAGCCCAGCACCCCUGCUGAGUUCACUGGCGCUGCCUCUGCUCUCAACGCUGCUGGCUUCGUUGCUGGUAUUGGUGCUUUCGCCGCUUUCUUCUUGUAA